AUGUUUCCUCUAUCACCACAAGGAAACAACAACAACAACAACAAUGAUAAUAAUAAUAACAAAUAUGACGGUACAACUGUUUAUUCUUCUUCUUCUUCUCCCAUUUCAUCAUCUGCUUGGCGAGUUGCAGCUGAGCUCUUCGCUGCACAAAACAACAGCAAUACCAAUAACAGUAACAACAUUAAUACCCCGCAACACUUACAUGUUGGGGGUUCUUCAACUACACUAGAGAGUGGAAAGAAAUCACAACAAGGGAGUCCAUGUCCUCCUGAUAGGCGGCAGGAGCGACUUUUCAAGACCAGUUACGAUUGGCAUGAUGUAACUCCUAUCUAUACGCCUCUUCCCUUUACUUCUCCCUCUGCUCACCUGCAACUACCACAACAACAAUUACAAUUACAACAAUUACAGGACUCUACACACCCGGUCUCGUCUCUCUCAUCUCCUUCCAAACAACAGAUGUCAUCAUCUGGAGCGAUACGCAAGCGACAGAUGGAUUUGCAGCUGCGAGAGGAGGCUGUGCUCCGCCGUGAGAGAGAGGCCGCCGCACGUGAGGAGCGACUCACACUGCGGGAGGAAAAACUCCAACAAGAGGAGGAGCGAUUGGCUCCAAAGAUAGUAACCGACACAUAUAGACAGCAAUUGCAAGAGGUGAAGUGUGCGUUAGAUGCACGUGAGCGGGAGUUGGCGGAGCGUGAUGAGUUGCUGCAGCAGGAACGGGCAUCUCUCACCACACGGACUGCCAACAUUGAGGCCCGUGAAAAAGAAAUAGAUGAACAGCAGGAACUCUUCUUGCAAGAUACACGGGAACGUGUGGAGCGAAUUCAACAAAGUGCCCGUGCGGUACAAGCGAAGGAGUUGACAGUGGUACAGCGAGAAGAGGCGUGUAAACAGCGGGAGGCGGAAUUACGACUACAACGUGAGUCUCUGAUCAACUGGGAACGCACCCUACGCCGUGAACAAGAAAAGUACGGAGAGAAGAUGAAACGGAUUACGGCUGCUGCGGAGUCUGUGGAUAAACGUGCAAAGGAACUGCGGGUGUGGGAAGAACAACUCUCUGCUCGUGAGGGGGCACUGUGGGAGACGGCAGCCGCAAAAGUACCGCAGGGACGUGUGACUUUAGCAACAGUCAUGGAUUUGCUUGCGAAGAUUCGCGGGGAAUUACACCCUACCGUAUCUUAUUAG